AUGCUGGUCUUUGCUGUCACCUUCUUCGCUUCGAAUAUUGGCUCUUUGAAACUCCGAAAAGCCAAAAUCCCAUUCGGAAAAACGCCACUCGUUGUACUUCUGGUUACGCCAGCUCACAUUCGGCUAUUAGAUGAUGAUAGUACAUUUAUCCCCUCCCUUCUACGCCUGGCGGUCGAGACGACAAAGCCCUGGCAAGAUUUUGACCUCUUGGCUGCGGUAAUCGACGGAAUACCGCAAACAUGGUCAACCGCACCUUACAGACUACGAGGUAGCCAUUCUGCAGAUGUGGAUUCUGUACCUAAAACUCGAAUGGAACGUGGAUUCGAAGGAAUCUCUGUGGCCGUACUUGAUUCUGAAACUGCCGCCCCUGAUCUUUGGUCACCCAAGGAUAUGUUCGAUGAACGAGAAACGAUGACGAUCCAGCAACGGUGUACAUUGUCCUUCUCACUUCCUCCGAGCCCUGGCGUGCGCACCCAACUCUCUGAAAACUCAGCCUCCCAGCCUUUGGUAAAGCGGAUAUUACAAUUGCCUGUGACUAACACUCUUUUCCAGAAUGGGAAAACGUCCACUCUCUUCGCACAAAGGUGGAAUGUACAACGCAGCGAAGAAUCUAUCUCGGAACAUGUGUGCAGUAAGAAGACCUGGUUACCACAGCAGAUCGUUCAAAUGGGCGCUGUCUUUGCAGAUGAGGGCAUGCGACUCCAACUUGACCAUCUCGUACAUUCGCUUCUGAUGCCCAUUACUCCAGCUAGGACCAUUACAGCUGCUGUCGGUAACAUUGUUCGCAAGAUCAGUGGGGGCGAUGCCUUGGCCGAAGCUGCGCCAGCAUCAGAAGAAUUGGAAAGAGCGAUAUCCACUGCCAUCCAGCAAGGCCAGAUACCCGCUCAGCAAGCUGGUGUCUGGGCGCUCAUUAGACCUCAAAGGUAUGCCGCGUUGGACCGGGCUGCUCAAAUUCAAGGCACCGUGCGUGAAAGAAUCCAGUAUGCCGUCCUGUCCGGAGGUCGACUUCACAAAGUGCUCAGUGGCGGAGGUGGUUGGGGUGAGAAGCACGGUCUUUUGGCCUUGGAUCCAGACUCAGAUUACAGCCACCAUCAUCGAGCACUUGAGCCAUCGUUUGGAGACGAUCAGGACGUUGAAACGAGAAAACGUGAAGCUCUCGGAGAAGUUGCAAAGCCGGGAGAUACCAUUACGUUCUAUGUGUACAAGUCGCUUUCAGAUGCUGAUCCUGCUAACCUUGAUACACCUGUGUUCUCGAACAGCAAUCAAGCUGCUGCUGCGACUCUCAUCUUUGGCUCUCUGCCGUCGACCAUGGAUGCCAUGCCAGUACUUGACACUACCGAGGUUGAGGCCCACGCUCAAUCUGAAUUAACGGUGGGGAGAAAAUCAUUUUGGCAUGCUCUCGGAGCAAGGCAUGAGCUUAGAGACUUCGUUCAUCAAUACUAA